GCCAGCCCCACUUUACGGCAGGAGGAGGAGACAAGGGAGUGAGUGUUCCUAGCCUCCCCUUAGUCUUUCCUGUGUUGACUCCGCGGCCGGUGUCUUCCUACCAAAAUGCCUCUCCCAGGAGAAGGAGCGCCCAAGGUUUCCGAUGAGCUGCUUUUCUACGUGAAUGGCAAAAGGAUAGUGGAGAAGAAUGCUGAUCCAGAACACAUGUUGCUGUCUUACUUAAGGAAAAGACUCCACCUCACAGGUACCAAAUAUGGCUGUGGUGGAGGUGGUUGCGGGGCCUGCACCGUGAUGAUAUCAAGAUAUGAAUCAGUUACUAAGAAGAUAAUCCAUUAUUCAGCCAACGCAUGCUUGAUUCCCAUAUGUUCACUGUAUGGCGCUGCAGUUGUCACUGUGGAAGGAAUUGGAAAUACCAAAACCAGGAUUCAUCCAGUUCAGGAACGAAUUGCUAAAAGUCAUGGGUCUCAGUGUGGCUUCUGCACCCCUGGAAUGGUGAUGUCCAUCUAUGCUUUGCUGCGUAACCACAUGGAACCCACAUCAGAUCAAAUAAUUGAAGCUCUAGCAGGUAAUUUAUGUCGCUGCACUGGUUACCGACCUAUUAUUGAUGGCUUUAAGACCUUCUGUAAGGAAUCGGUUUGUUGCCAAAAUAAAGAGAAUGGGGUUUGUUGCUUAGACCAAGAAAACCAGUUAUCUCUGUUACCUAACAGGGAAGAAUAUACCUGCACAACACUGUUUUCUGCCAAAGAAUUCCAGCCCUUGGAUCCCACCCAAGAACUGAUUUUUCCUCCAGAACUCAUAAAAAUGGCUGAAAAUCAGACAGGGCAAACUCUUAUCUUCCACGGAGAAAGAACAACAUGGAUUUCUCCUGUGAAUCUAGAUGAGCUUCUGGAGUUGAAAGCAAAGUACCCGCAAGCUCCUCUUGUAGUAGGGAAUACUUCUGUUGGACCUCAAAUGAAAUUUAAAGGUGUAUUCCAUCCAAUUAUCAUCUCACCCACCAGAAUAUUGGACAUCCACAUGGUGAAACUUACAGGAGAUGGACUAAUCCUUGGAGCUGGCUGUAGCCUGACAGUGGUGAAAGAUGCUCUGACAAAGGCUGUUUCAAAACUUGCAGCAGAGAAAACCAAGAUAUUCAGUGCACUCUUGCAACAGUUGAAAACUCUGGGUGGUCAGCAGAUCCGGAAUGUGGCUUCUUUUGGAGGAAACAUUAUAACCAGAAGUUCAACAUCUGACAUCAAUCCUAUCCUAGCAGUUGGCAACUGCAUCCUCAAUGUGGCAUCACAAGGGAAAUUACGACACAUACCUUUCAGAGAGCUUUUUGCUGAUGGAUUUGGAAACAAUACCUUUGAACCAGAUGAGAUCCUGAUGUCAGUUCACAUUCCAUAUUCUCAGAAGAAUGAGUUUGUUUCAGCAUUUCGGCAGGCCCAACGGCGGGAAAAUGCGUUGCCAAUUGUGAAUGCAGGGAUGAGGGUCCUUUUUGAAGAAAGCUCUAACAUCAUUAAGGAUUUCAGUAUCUUCUAUGGUGGUGUUGGCCCCACAACUUUGGCUGCGAAGGAAACAUGUCGGGCACUCAUUGGGAGGCCUUGGGAUGAACAGAUGCUGGAUGAUGCUUGCAGAAUGGUGCUGAAAGAAAUUCUCCUCCCAAGCUCAGCUCCGGGUGGCAAAGUAGAGUUCAGAAGGACACUCAUUGCUAGUUUCAUCUUCAAAUUUUAUCUGGAGGUGCUGCAGUCACUACAGAUGAGGUGUCCUAGUCAGUGUUGCAGUAUUCCAGAAAAUUAUGCAAGUGCCCUUGAAUGCUUUCAUACCAAAAUGCCUCAGACUAUGCAAAAGUUCCAGGAUGUGGAGCCAGGGCAAUCUGCCCAAGAUCCAGUGGGACAUCCGAUGAUGCACCAAGCUGGUAUUAAACAUGCCACAGGGGAAGCGGUGUAUUGUGAUGACAUACGUACCAUUGAUGGAGAACUCUUCUUGGCUCUAGUAACCAGUACUAAAGCCCAUGCGAAUAUUGUAUCAAUAGAUGUUUCUGAAGCCCUGAAGAUAUCAGGCGUAGUUGAUAUCAUCUCUGUUCAGGAUGUCCCAGCCCAAAAUGAGUUUUACAACUACGAUGUCCCAGAUAUUAUAUUUGCUAGAGAAAAAGUGACUUGUGUGGGCCAAAUUGUCUGUGCAGUAGUUGCUGAUUCAGAUGUUCAUGCUAAACGUGCAGCUGCAAAAGUGAAGAUAGAAUAUGAACCACAAGAGCCUGUAAUCCUGACAAUAGAGGAUGGAAUAAAGCACAAUUCAUUCUUUGAACCACAACGGAAAUUAAGACAAGGAAAUGUGGAUGAAGCAUUUAAAAUGGUUGAUCAUAUUCUUGAAGGUGAGAUCCAUGUUGGGGGACAAGAGCACUUUUACAUGGAAACUCAGAGUUUUCUUGCUGUGCCAAAAGGAGAGGAUAAAGAAAUGGAUGUGUACGUGUCUUCCCAGUAUCCAGCACAUGUCCAGGAAAUGGUAGCCUCCUGUUUAGGAGUGCCAAGCAAUAGAAUCAUGUGCCAUGUGAAACGGAUUGGAGGGGCCUUUGGUGGAAAACUGAUGAGAACCAGCCUGCUGGCAUGCAUUACAGCAGUGGCUGCCAACAAAACAGGCCAAGCGGUUCGCUGCAUUUUAGACAGAGGUACGGACAUGUUAACCACUGGAGGGCGACACCCAUUAACUGGCAAAUAUAAGGUUGGCUUCAUGAAUAAUGGCAAAAUACUGGCCUUAGACUUCGAUGCAUACGUUGAUGGAGGAUGCACCCCUGAUGAAUCAAUUCUGGUUACAGAGAUGCUGCUCCUAAAAAAUGACAAUGCUUACAAGAUACCAAAUAUCCGGUCUUCGUCCCGUGCCUGCAAGACAAACAAGCCAAGCAACGGCGCUUUCCGGGGCUUUGGUUUCCCACAAGCUGGAUUGGUUACUGAGAGCUGGAUAACACGUGUUGCAGCCAGAUGUGGUUUACCACCAGAGCAGGUCAGGGAAAUGAAUAUGUACAAAGAAAACGAUCUGAUACCUUGUGGACAAGAACUCCAGCCAGAAAACCUCCACAGAUGCUGGAAUGAGUGCAUGGAGAAGUCUGAGUAUCACACCAGAAAAGAAGCUGUGGAUGAAUUCAACAGAAAUAAUUAUUGGAAGAAAAAAGGCAUUGCCAUUAUUCCCUUGAAGUUCCCAGUGGGUUUUGCGGUACGCUUCUUUGGUCAGGCGGCUGCUCUGGUUCAUUUGUAUACAGAUGGGUCUCUGCUUCUGACUCACGGAGGUGUAGAAAUGGGGCAAGGGCUGCACACCAAGAUGAUCCAGGUUGCUAGCAGAGAAUUAAAAAUGCCAGUAUCAAAUAUUCACAUCUGUGAAACAAGCACAACAACUGUACCUAAUACAAUUGGUUCAGUAGGUUCUCAGGGAACUGAUGUCAAUGGAAUGGCAGUGAAGGAUGCCUGCCAGAUCCUUUUGAAACGCCUAGAACCCAUAAUUACUCGGAACCCUAAGGGCACCUGGAAAGAAUGGGCUAAAGCAGCUUUUGAGGAGAGUAUUAGCCUGUCUGCUACAGGUUACUUCAGAGGUUAUGAAGCAAACAUGGACUGGGAAAAAGGGGAAAACCACCCAUUUGAAUAUUUUGUUUAUGGAGCCGCCUGCUCAGAAGUUGAAAUCGACUGCCUGACAGGAGAUCACAAGAACAUCAGGACAGAUAUUGUUAUCGAUGGUGGAUGUAGCAUCAAUCCUGCAGUGGAUAUAGGUCAGAUUGAAGGCGCCUUUGUUCAGGGACUUGGGCUGUACACAAAAGAGGAACUCAAAUACUCGGCCGAGGGAGUCCUCUAUACACGAGGACCAGAUCAAUAUAAAAUCCCAGCAGUUUGUGACAUCCCAGAACAGUUCAGCGUCUCCUUGUUACAGUCUUCUCAAAAUUCAACAGCAAUCUAUUCAUCAAAGGGUCUUGGUGAAGCAGCCGUUUUCUUGGGGUGCUCUGUGUUUUUUGCAAUAAGGGAUGCAGUGGCUGCUGUGAGGAAGGAAAGAGCAUUAUCUGAGGAUUUUGAACUGAACAGUCCCCUGACUCCUGAACGUAUCCGGAUGGCUUGUGCUGACCAGUUCACAGAAAUGAUCCCAAAGGACAAAUGCACUUCUUCUUGGGCCAUCUCCGUUUGAAGGAAAACCAGGAACAUGUGGAUCAUGACAUUUGUGCCAAUAUCAGCCACUGACUGACAAAUUCAUUUCAUUUCAUUUCAAUACUUGUUUUGUCAAGGGAAAUAUUGCUGGUUUUAUACAAAAGAGCAUAUUAGUUUCCUAUGUCCCAUUGCCAAAAUAGUGGUUUGUGAGAAACCCAGGUUAGCUAGUUUCUCAUCCAGUGUCUUUUCCCAUCUAGAAUGGAAACCCAUCAGUUAAUAAGAAGGGAGCCAAUCCCACAGGGGUAAAAAACAUUUUAACCAAAAAUGUACUUUAAGGAUCAAUGCCCGGGACUCAAUUGACAUUUGACCCAAUUCUAAUUGUAUAAGUGCAUUUGGCACACAACUAGGAAGACCAAGGUUAGAUCUCAAAAAUGUCGUUUGUGUGGAUUCCUGAAAGAAGAACCAGGAAAAUAAGAUUCUGGCUAUAAAUAGAAGGUCGGCUGCUGCCUUCACCUUGUUGCCUUGUUUUUUUGCUUGUGUUCUAUUUUGAAAUGGUCAUAUGACUGAUCAAAUAAAUAAUAAUAAUAAUAAUAAUAAUAAUAAUAAUUAUUAUUAUUAUUAUUAUUAUUAUGAUGUGUGGAUUCCAUGGCAGCAAAAUUACUAUCUGCACACCACUAUGCACCGAUGUGGCAAUACCUUAGCAUUGAAUACUUGUAUAACUGAUGUUGUCCUCCUUUAGAAUCGUAAAGACAAAUAUCACUUAAUGUGAGACAGAAGAGAACCAGUAAAAUAAACAUAAAAUAAGUAAAAGAAACAUAAAAUAUAAAGUAAGAAAUCUAAAACAAGGUAUAAACACUAAACUAAUUUGGGAAUCUGCUAUUUUACACAUCCAAUGAAGUGAUUUUGAACAAGUUUUUAAAAAAUAAGACUAAGUAUGUCCUAAUCCACUUGGAAAUCAUGAAGCUCCUUCCAGAAGUGUUUUUAAAAAACACUCAUUCUUAAAGCUUUUCCUAAUUUUUUAAAAAUAGAAACUUUCAUGUAAUAAUGCACUUGUACAUUGGCCCUGUAUGUUGGCUUUCCAAUGUCUAUGACCCGAAAGCUCCGUAUUGUUCAGAAUGUGGCAGCCAGGUUACUCACAAGAACGCCCAUGAAAUGCCAUAUAACACCAGUGCUGUAACAUUUACAUUGGCUUCCAACUGAGUACCGUGGCCUGUAUAAGAUGUUAGUUCUGACCUUUAACAUUCUUUACGGCCAGGGUCCAUCGUACCUUAGGGACCGCCUCUCCUUCUCCCAUCAUCGAAGGUCGCAAUGACCAUCCCAACGUGACUUACUCUAUAUACCGGGUCCUAGAGAAGUGCACUUGGAAAUCACCAGACGCAGGGCUUUUUCUAUUUCUGCCCCUGCCUUAUGGAAUUCCUUGCUACUCUAUUUGAGAGCCAUGCGUGACUUAGGGCCUUUUACUCUAGCACUUAAAAUCUGGCUUUUUACUAGAGCAUUCAAUCUCUGUUAAUUUUUAAUUUAUGUAUGUAUGUAUUUUAUCUUUUAUAAUUUAGCUGUAAAUCGCCUAGAGCAUUCUCGGAUGGAGGGCGAUUAAUAAGUAAUUAAAUAUGAUGAUAUGAUGUACGCACAAUGGCACUAUAGUACAAUGUCUUGCCGUCUCACUUUAUUGAUAACUAUAGUUGCUAGGGAAGGAAAAAGGUCACUUUUGAAAGUUCAGCAAGUUGCUUUCUUGAGAGGUUUUUGUUUUGGGUAGAUACAAGUAAGUAAAAACCAAACUUUUAACAUUUUAUUAAUGAUACAGUCUAUAAAUUAUCGAGCUGUCAAGUCUUUUAAGCUUUAUUUGCCUUAAUAACCUUCCAAGAAUUCUUUAAGUGCCUUUAUAUGAUUUAUUGGUUUUUAUUGCUUAAAUAUAUUGUCUUCUGUCUAUUUGUAUUCAUGAAGUGGCAUUGGAUUUUGCCUUGUUUGUAAGCCAUUCUGAGUCCCCCUCGGGGUGAGAAGAGCGGGAUAUAAAUAUAGUAAGUAAAUAAAUAAAUGCAUUUGGUGCAUUUUAUAACUUCA